UUGUUGAUAACUCUCUGUGGUGUCGACUCCCAUUGCGCAGCCGCAGCCCGGGUGACGAAGAUGGUGCUCAUCAAGGAAUAUCGUGUAGUGUUGCCAGUUUCAGUGGAAGAAUAUCAAGUAGGGCAGCUGUACUCAGUGGCUGAGGCCAGCAAGAAUGAGACAGGGGGAGGAGAAGGCAUCGAGGUCCUGAAGAAUGAACCCUACGAGAAGGAUGGAGAGAAGGGACAGUACACACACAAAAUCUACCAUUUAAAGAGUAAAGUCCCAGGGUAUGUGAAGAUGAUUGCACCAGAGGGAGCUUUAGUUUUUCAUGAAAAGGCAUGGAACGCUUAUCCCUACUGUCGCACCAUUGUGACAAAUGAGUACAUGAAGGACGACUUCAUGAUAAAGAUUGAGACGUGGCACAAACCAGACAUGGGAACAAUAGAAAACGUGCAUGACCUGGACGAGCAAACAUGGCGGACAGUGGAGGUGGUUCCCAUAGAUAUUGCAAACAAAGAAGAAGUGGCCCAAGGGGACUAUAAACCAGAAGAAGAUCCUGCUCUUUUCCACUCCGCCAAGACAGACAGAGGACCUCUGGGUCCCGAGUGGAAGAAUGAGCUGAAGACUGACUGUCCUUACAUGUGUGCAUACAAACUGGUCACUGUCAAGUUCAGAUGGUGGGGACUGCAGACCAAAGUGGAAAAUUUCAUCCACAGGCAAGAAAAGCGUAUUUUCACCAACUUUCAUCGCCAGCUGUUCUGCUGGAUUGACAAGUGGGUGGGUCUGACGAUGGAGGACAUAAGGCGGAUGGAGGAGGAAACUCAGAAAGAACUUGAGGAGAUGCGUCAGAAGGGAGAUGUGCGAGGCACCUCUGCAACAGACGAGUAGAGGCCCUUCACUGUAGGUCAAACACUAGAGGCAGGCUGACUGCGUAAAACAGGUCCGAUUCGAGGCACCAGUGCUGCUCAUGAGCAAUGAGGCCAUUCAACCAAACCCUGUCAUGAUGACGUCAUCAGAGACAUGUCCACCACGUGAAGAAGUGUCCCUCUUCUCCUCCUGUCUCACAUGAUUCAUUGGAGGGUUUGAUGCGAUUGGUCAACAGUACUGUACAGAUUCUAUCCCAAUCACAAGCCUCGUGUUCACUCUAACAAAAAACAUGUUUUGCAUAAAUAUAUGUAUAAAAAGGAAAAAAAAUAGUUUGCACAGAACAUAAUUUGCCUGAUAUGUAAUUGUUAGUUGAUUAUAACAAUGGGCUUUGUUUUUAUUCAGGUCUGUAAACCGUGACUCACAAAGUCAAGCCUUUUAAAUUAGAAUGUUGUUUUUAACUACACAGGCUCCCAUGAAAAUCACUAAGAUGUCUUUAGCAGGAUUUGGACCAUUGCUCUCCCUGCCCACCCCUAUAUUAUAACGGUCUCGACUUUAAUCCAAGUCACCCCUCCUCAGUAGCGUCUGUGUCCUUGUCCUGGUGUCUGAUCUCCCCCCUGGUCUCUCUGUACUCAUGUCUGGCAGUUAGCUUGGUUUCUUUUACAGUUUGUGUAAAAUAUAAUGCCCCCCCCCCUCCCCUCACAUGCACAGCGGACCUCUUCCCUCUCCCCUUCUGUCACAAGUGCAUGUGGACAACAGCAACUCCUCACUAAGCUGUCCCUGCAUGUGUGCAGUUGCUGUCAAGAGGAGCAUUGACUAGCGAGAGGGUUGGUGCCCUCUAGGAGAGUCUGUAUGAUACACGUGUGUGUGUGUGUGCGUGCAUGCGUGCGUGCUUGUGUGUGUGUGUGUUCUAGUGUGUCUAGUUUGUGUUCUCUACUGCCUUCAUUCUUAGGACUGGGAUGGAGAACGUUCCGCGUAAUAUCAAGGCUUCUGUGUUGGCACCUGGCUGCUCUCACUCUACAACCGGCCUGUUGAACUUUGCCUCAUGCUGUCGCUGCAUGUCCUUUCUCCUUGGAUAGGGCUUUAAUCUGAGGGUGCUGCUGCACCCAGAAAGCUUUUUUGUUUUGUUUUGCUAAGGUUGAAAGUCUGCAUUGCUGCAUGCAUGAAUCAAGGUAGCUUUUCUGUUUUGUUUUUUUUUUUUAAUUAAUAUUUUUCUCAAGCUGCUGCUGUUUUCUCUCUCUGACAGGAGCAAAUGGGUCCAGGCAGGUCUGUGAUGUUUGUUGCAGUUAUGGAUUAACAAGCAUUAUGAGUGUAUAGUUUUUAUUUUACAUUUUUACCAUGUAACCAUGUGUAGUCUUUUUCCAAUUGUUUAUUUACCUUAAGCUAUGAGGUUUUUAGGUAAGAAUGAGAGUAAGUUGUGUGGUUCAUGUUGACUCUGGUUGAUCUGAGAGCCAGUGUUUAUCCCAAACUAUUUACUGCAUCUCUACGUUUUAUUUUUUUUUAUUUUUUUGGCGGCAUUGUCUUGAGGUUGUAUCGGUUUGAUCACUGACACGGUUCAGUUUACCAAUGUUUGUUUUGAGCUUUAUGCAGAUCCUGUUUGGCUCUAGUUAAAGUGUUUUGUAUAAUCAUGGCAUAGCUUAGUACAAUUUUACAGCUAUGACUAGGAUUUGUAUCCAAUCAGGUUUGAGUAUCUCCACCAUUCUUAGAUUUCGUUGUAUCUGUGUGGUUUAUGUUGGACAGCUUAAAGACUUUUAACUGUGCUUUAUUAUAAGGCCAUUAUAGACGUGGACAAACUGUACAUACAGACUUGAAUGAGAUUUUCACAGCUACUAGGCGUUGUCAGGUUUAUCAUUCUAUACUGUACUGCUAAAAGUAACUUAAGGACAUUUCUGAUGGUGUUGGCAAAGGUGAUGUCAGCUUUGUGGACAGUAGUGCUGUGUGUCAAGUGGCGCAAACUGUCCAUGUGUUAAUACCUUGGUUGAACUGUACCUCAUCCAUGCAUAUGAAUGUACAAAAGCUGUACAAGCAUGACAUGGAGCCAUUAUAUCAUUAACACAUGAGGAGAAGUGGAUUUACUAACAUUGGGAUCUGCAUGCUCAGCUUUUUUUUUUUUUCUAUCUCCCUGUUUUUCUUGUGAUGCUCCAUUUGUGUUUGAUGCAGUUCAGGAGCUUCUAAAAGCACUGACCUACUGAUCACACUGGAGAAGUAAGGUCUUUUUAAGGCAGCUUCCUUCAAAAUCAAACCAGAUCCAGCUCAGCCUCUGAUUGGAGGAAAAGCCCGGCUUGGUUUCAUGCUGACGGGAGGUGCCCGGUAGUUUAGAAAAGACUGAGUGAGUCACUAGUGAUGCCACCAGGGUUUGACUGAGGGGAGGGUAGAAGGGAACAGAUGGAGUCCAAAUUACUGUUUUUUUUUUUUUCUUGUAAUCAUGAACAAGCACUUGCAAAAUCUACUGUUUUCUUUCUUUUGUGUUUUUGUUCUUGAAAGACAAAGAUUCACAAUGUUUCUCUUUCUGAUAAGACAACAUUCAGGGGAAUUGGUAGUGAAUGUAAUUAAAUUAGUUCCUUUUUUCACAGCUUUUAUGCUGUGGCAGAAGGUCUAGACAAUGGAACAUAACAGGAUAUCUAAUGAAUUUGAACAAAUAAGAAAUUCACUGGCC